GCGUGCCUCUUGUUUCUUCGUCCACCACACUGGUUGUAUUGGAUCAGAUAAUAUUUGAUUACCGAGCAGGUGCUAGUGUUUAUUUGGUAGAAGAAUUCGAUGGUUGUAUACGGAACAGUAGAUUAUGAAGAAGAACAGGCAAAGUAGUGGACAAUCUAAGAGAAAAUCAACAAAAGUGGCUGAUAGCAAGGAAUCUGAGAAAACCGAUAAAGUUGGUGUCAAACCUGACUCCUUGGAUGAUGAAGAUCAAGGCUUUGGAGGAUGGCUGAGGUCUUCCGACGGCAUUGAGACCAUGAAACUUUUCGUCAUAGCGAACACCAUUGUAAUGCUUACGACUAUCGUCUAUCCACACGUUCAAACCGCAAUCGAGAUCAUAUCAGAGAUGAUAUAUGACCCCGACACUUUAUACUGACUACAGGAUCCGACAAUAUAUCAAUUCCGCCUUUGUCCUAUAUACACGAAGGUCCAUUUUUAUUCACUCCAGUAACACUGAGAGCCGGUGAACUAAUAUAUCUUGCUGGUGACAGUCUCAACUAUUUUAUGAGCACUAAAAGUAGGUUUUGCGAAUGUAGAUGUUUGGGACUACUUGUUGAUAGAAUCUUGAACGUCGGUACAAGUUUAGAAGAUCAAAGUCUCCACAUUUUAGAGUAAAUUGAACUUUAUUUAAACGAAAUACGUGAGUUUAAAAUAAAGUUUUAACAAUGUUAGGCUUAUUCUUUCGCUUGAUUUUCUCAAUAGGCAUUAUCGUAUGGUAUUCGGCUAGUGUUUGGAAUAUGAUAACUGAUUAUUUUAACAAAGAGUUUCAAAGGCUUGUAUUGAAUAACACCGAUAUGAUAGAGGACGAUGACAUUGUAAUGUAAUUUUUAUUUUUAUAUUA